AUGUAUGGAGGUGUAAAGUUGUAUUUAUUACAAAUUGGAGAAAAAGCUUUGGAGAAACUAAGAGGGAGAACCAAUAAAACAACCAACACCCCAACGAACGGAUUCCCAUCAUCCAUAUUUACGUUCACAUACACGUAUUUAGUACGGUGCUCGGCGGACGUUCACCUAUCCAAGAGUCUCGGGAUGGUGAAAAGAAUUCACAAAGGCCAAAGAAAGACGAAUGAGUCUUUAGUGCCUAAAAUUCAAAAAGGUAAAUGCUCUACAUCAAGACAACACAUUCCUUCAAGGGUAAAAUAG